AGGCUCUGCUGACGAAGAUGGCGGCGGAGGCGCUGAGUGAAGGGGAGGUGCCAGCUGGCGACCGUAGCCGGAGUGAUGCCAUCUGUAAUUUUGUGAUUUGCAAUGAUUCUUCCCUUCGAGGUCAACCGAUUAUCUUCAAUCCUGACUUUUUUGUGGAGAAACUUCGACAUGAGAAACCUGAGGUGUUUACCGAGUUGGUGGUCAGCAAUAUUACAAGGCUUAUCGAUUUACCUGGAACAGAGCUGGCUCAGCUGAUGGGGGAAGUGGACCUUAAGUUACCUGGUGGGGCUGGUCCAGCAGGAGGAUUCUUCCGAUCUUUAAUGUCUCUCAAGCGGAAGGAGAAAGGAGUGGUGUUUGGAUCCCCCCUGACAGAGGAAGGCAUUGCCCAAAUAUAUCAGCUGAUUGAGUAUCUGCACAAAAACUUGCGAGUAGAGGGUUUGUUUAGAGUACCAGGCAACAGUGUUCGACAGCAGCUUUUAAGGGAUGCUCUCAAUAAUGGAACUGAUAUUGACCUGGAAUCAGGGGAGUUUCACUCAAAUGAUGUUGCCACCUUGCUGAAGAUGUUUCUAGGAGAGUUGCCAGAACCCCUGCUGACACAUAAACAUUUCCAUGCACACCUCAAAAUUGCUGAUUUGAUGCAGUUUGAUGAUAAAGGGAACAAGACCAGUAUACCAGAUAAGGAACGGCAAAUUGAGGCUCUUCAGUUGCUCUUCCUCAUCCUCCCCCCACCCAACCGGAACUUGCUGAAGUUAUUGCUUGACCUCCUAUACCAGACAGCGAAGAAACAAGACAAGAAUAAGAUGUCUGCCUAUAACCUUGCUCUUAUGUUUGCACCCCAUGUCCUUUGGCCAAAAAAUGUCACUGCAAAUGACCUUCAGGAGAAUAUCACAAAGUUAAACAAUGGGAUGGCGUUUAUGAUCAAACACUCCCAGAAACUUUUUAAGGCUCCUGCUUACAUUCGGGAAUGUGCCAGAUCCUACUAUUUGGGUUCUAGAACUCAAGUGUCAAAGGAUGACCUUGAUCUGACAACUUCAUGUCAUGCUAAAUCCUUUCAGUUGGCAAGAUCUCAGAAACGAAACCGGGUAGAUUCUUGUUCUCAACAGGAGGAAAUCCAGCAACGUACAGAAGAGGCACUGAGAGAGCUCUUCCAACAUGUUCACAAUAUGCCUGAGUCAGCAAAGAAAAAACAACUUAUUCGACAGUUCCAUAAGCAAUCUUUGCCUCAAACACCAGGCCGAGAACCUUCUUCUCCCCGGGUACAGAAGAGAGCCCGUUCACGCUCCUUUAGCGGCCUUAUUAAGCGUAAAGUCCUGGGAAAUCAGAUGGUGUCAGAAAAGAGAAUCCAGUCUCCAGCCACAGAGCCUAUGGCCAUGAGUGAAUUGAAGAGAGCCAGCAAAGAAAAUGUGAACUUAUUAUUUUCUUGCUCUCCAGCUGUCAGGAUGACACCAACAAGAUUGAAAUGGUCUGAGGGGAAGAAAGAGGGGAAAAAAGGAUUUUUCUGAAGGAUCUAGAGUUCUCCUGUCACCCAUUCAGGAUUUCCUCUUCAGUGGGACAUGCAUUGAUUGUGCUCAGUGGAGCUUGGACCUGAAGCUUGCUUUGCUGCAUUUGAAGUGUGAAAGUCAACUCACCCCGUG